AUGGUGCUGAGCGCGGCGCUGGAAGAGCGAGACGCUCUGCGCGGGGAAGUCCGCGCGGUGGACCCCAAGGAGGCGACAGGGCCUCGGCCGCACAUCGAGCACGCCACGAAGCACCCUCCCGCUGCGCGCGCGCACCAUCGCGCCGUCGCUUCGAAGCAGGAGCGUCGCUCGCAUCAGGUCACUAACGGCCGGCCUAAGAAAGCUGGCGGGGGCGGCAAGGGCACGUGGGGCGAUCCCCUGGACCCGCAAAACUAUGAGUACGAGAUGGACCCCGGCGACCCGCUGUACGAGAGCGACGAGGUGAGUAGUGUCGCCGUGCGACAGCGACGAGGCAGGCAGGCAGGCAGGAACUUGCCGUUGAGCAGCGCCCGGUCAUUUGGAUUCGUGUUGCUUCUCGCGUCCCACCCCUCUCGCUUCUCGCUCCUCCUGUUCCAUCUCCCCCCCUCCUCUCAUUCCCUCGCUUCCGACACCGUCAUUCUCCCCACUCGCCCCGAUCUCGCCACUCUCGCCACUCUCUCCGCUCUCUCCCACGCUCCCCAUCCGCCCAACGCUUCCCACGUUCCCCCCUUCCUCUCCCCCUCCCCUCCUCCCCCCUUCCCCCCCCUCCCGCCUCUCCCCGCGCUCGGCGCGCAGGAGGACGAGGCGAUGCACGUGGCGGUCCCGACGCCCGUGGCGCACACGGUCGCGGACUACAAGCGCAAGGUAGUGGCCGUUCUCGAGGAGUUCUUCUCGUCGGGCGACAUCAGCGCGGCGGCGCAGGAGUUCAAGGAUCUCGCGCAGGAGCACUACCACCACCACGUGGUCAAGCGCAUCGUCACCAUGUCGCUCGACCGCAACGACCGCCACAAGGAGAUGGCCGCGCAGCUGCUCUCCGCGCUCUACGCCGCGGUCAUCGCGCCGGACCAGCUCGCGAAAGGGUUCAAGAACCUGCUCGAGAGCGUGGAGGAUCUGGAGAUUGACUGUCCUGGUGCCGGAGAUGUGCUCGCGACGUUCCUUGCGCGGUCCGUGGUUGACGACGUGCUUCCGCCCGCGUUUCUCAAGCGCAUGGCGAAGAAGCUUGAGACGGGGGAGGUCGGGGGCGCGGGCGGGCAGGCGGGCGCGGAAGACGGGGAAGGGGAAGGGGAAGCGGACGGGGAUGGGGCGGGCGCGGCGCAGGCGCCCGGGGGGACGGGUGGGCGGGCGCUGGAGGUGGUGCGCGCGGCGGAGGGGAAGCUGGCGAGCGCGCACCACGCGGAGGUGCUGGAGAAGUGCUGGGGGGGGUCGGCGCGCGUGACGUACGAGGGCGCGAAGGGGAGCAUCAAGCAGCUGCUGGCGGAGUAUGUGGUGAGCGGGGAACGCGGAGAGGCGUGCCGCUGCAUCCGCGAGCUCAACCUGCCCUUCUUCCACCACGAGGUGGUGAAGGCGGCGCUGAUAAUGGCGAUGGAGAACAAGCCGAAGGAGGCGGCGCUGCUGUCGCUGCUGCAGGAGGCCGCACAGGAGGGGCUCAUCUCCGCCAGCCAAGUGAGCAAGGGGUUCGGGCGUGUGUUUCAGAACAUUGACGACCUGGCUCUGGACGUGCCGUCAGCGCCGGACGAUCUGCAGCGCAUGGUGGCGCACGCCACGUCUCACGGGUGGCUCUCCUCCGCCUUUGCCGAUGGCGUGUGGGCCGACCUCGUCGCUGCUGAGGCGUCUGUCACCACUGAGACCAGCAAGGUGCUGCAGGACUUCAAGGCGCGCUCAUCGCUGAUCGUGGCGGAGUACUUUGAAUCAGGAGACGUGGUGGAGGUGGCGCGGUCGCUGGAGGAGCUCGCGUUCCCCGACCUGCACCACCACCUCGUCAAGCGCCUCGUCACCAUGGCGCUCGACCGCAACAACCGCGAGCGCGAGAUGGCCUCGCAGCUGCUCUCCGCGCUCUUCCAAGACGUGCUGCCCACCGACCAGGUGGAGAUGGGUUUCCUGCGUCUGCUCGAGGCCGUGGACGACUUGGCCCUCGACAUCCCCGAUGCCGCUUCUCAGCUCGCCCUCUUCAUCGCCCGUGCAGUCAUAGACGACGUGCUCGCCCCGCACUUCGUCCUCGGCCUCCCUGGGAACGUCCCUCCCGCCACCCCCACCGGCGCUGAUGCGUCUCCAUCCGACACCACCUCCGCGCCUCCCCCUACCCCUGCCUCCGGCGCUCCUGCCACCGGCUCUACUACCACCGCCGACGCUGCCGGGCCUGCAGCAGCUGCAGCGGCAGCGGCGGCCGAAGAGGCGGAGGAAGCAGCAGUGGGGGGCGGCGGGCCGGCGUUGGCGGCAGUGGCGGCGUCGUCGCUGGCGAGGGAGGUGGUGCACAUGGCACAGGCGCUGAUCACAGCGCGGCACGCGGGCGAGCGGCUGCUGCGGUGCUGGGGGGGCAGUGCGGCAGUGGGGCGCAGCGUGGCGGACGCCAAGGAGAGCGUCACGUCGCUGCUAUCCGAGUAUGUGGCCGGUGGGGAGCUUGGCGAGGCGUGCCGCUGCAUCCGCGAGCUCAACCUGCCCUUCUUCCACCACGAGAUUGUGAAGCAGGCGUUGGUGCGAGCAAUGGAGGAGCCGAAGCACGAGCCGCGUGUGCUAGAACUCCUCCAGGAGGCCUCGGACGAGGCCCUCAUCUCCACCAACCAGAUGGCCCGCGGCUUCCAGCGCGUCGCCGAUGCCCUCCCCGACCUCGUGCUCGACCUCCCCAAUGCGUUCCUGCAGUUUGCCGCGCUUGCAGAGACCGCCAAGAGCCGCGCGUGGAUCCCCGCGGAUUUCGCGUACAAGUUCGGAGAAGCACUGCUGCACGUUGUGGCGGGUCUUAGCGGAGCACUCGAGGAACAGGCAGCCCCAGGAGCGAGCCAGCUCCGCCCCCACCUCCUUGCCCACCUCGCGAUCCGCUUCCUGUCGGGUGGUUCGCACAGCGGGACAGUAAUAGCCGUCAUCUUCCCACCACCCGACCUCCGCUUCCCCGCCACCCCAUCUCCCCUGCUCGCCGACCGAUCUCCCGUGCAACCCGCCCGAGUUCCCGUUCCCGCGGCCCGAUCUCCCAUUUCUGCCGCCCAAUAUCCCCUUCUCGCCUCCUCUCGCCUCCCCGCGCGUGCUCCUCUCGCCUCUCAGCGCGUGCUCCUCUCCCCUCCCAGCGCGUGCUCCUCUCCCCUCCGCGUGCGUGCUCCUCUCCCCUCCGCGUGCGUGCUCCUCUCCCCUCCGCGUGCGUGCUCCUCUCGCCUCCCCGCGCGUGCUCCUCUCCCCUCCCCGUGCGUGCUCCUCUCGUCUCUCCGCGCGUGCUCCUCUCCCCUCCCCGCGCGUGCUCCUCUCCCCUCCGCGUGCGUGCUCCUCUCCCCUCCGCGUGCGUGCUCCUCUCCCCUCCGCGUGCGUGCUCCUCUCGCCUCCCCGCGCGUGCUCCUCUCCCCUCCCCGUGCGUGCUCCUCUCGCCUCCUCGCGCGGCAUCCCCCCUGCACGCCCUCAUUUCCCCCCCUGCACGCCCUCAUUUCCCCCCCUGCACGCCCUCAUUUCCCCCCCUGCACGCCCUCAUUUCCCCCCCUGCACGCCCUCAUUUCCCCCCCUGCACGCCCUCAUUUCCCCCCCUGCACGCCCUCAUUUCCCCCCCUGCAGGCUCUAUUACCCCCCUUUUAUGCACCCGUUUCCCCUCUGCUCACUCUCUUUCACCCCUCACUCACGCGUUUUCCCCUCUGCUCACUCUCUUUCCCCCACACUCACCCUUUCUCCCCUCUGCCCACUCUGUUUCCCCCGUCACUCACCUUCUUACCGAAUUCUCACUUUUCAUUCACCCCUUUUUCCAAUCCCGCUUCCCCUUUUCCAUCUCUCCUUCAUGCCUCCCACCACCUCUCCCUGCCUUCCUUGCUUCUCUCCUUAUCUCCUUCAUGCCUCCCACCAUCUCGUUUUCCUUCUCAUCUCUUGUGGGCCACAUCACAAGGCCCGUCUGCCCUCUCACACUCUUCCUGCCAUUCUCACUCUCGCAAUCCUCACCGCCGUCCCUUCCUUCCUGUAACCAAUCUCCCCUCCCCCCUUUUCCCUUCCUUCCCUCCACUUCCUCCCCUUCCCUUCCUUCUCUCCCCAUCAUUCCCUCCCCUUCCUCCCCUCCCCUUCAUCCCCAUCCCUGCCCUUUCCUCCCUGCCCUUCCCUUCUCGACCCCGCCCUUCUACGUCACUCCUCGCCUUCUGCCCUCCAGUUCAUGUGCAUGUGCUGCCAUCACUUUUGCCCCAUACAUGCAUCUUAUUAACUCAUGUUUACUCGCUUGUAUUCCCUUUUCACCCUCCGUCCCUUCAAAUCUCCCCUCACUUACUACCCAUCUCCCUGCCUUUCCAUCACACCUCCCUGCCUUCUCAUGGAUUUGAGGCACCAUUGCGACACCAGGUGUCAUACAACCUGUAA